AUGAAGAAAUACCAGCUUAUGGGCCGGAAAAAGGUGGUUUCGCCCGUCAAAAGAGCGAAAUACCCUCUUCUCCACUUGCACUCGCUUCCAUAUGAGAUUCUCUUGCACAUCUUUGGCUACGUUGCUGAAAACGUGUCUGACCUCCUACUGUUGGCUUUGGUAUGCUCCAAGUUCAAUAACCUCGUGAGCAAAAACUUCUUGUACCAUUCUAUCUGCUUCCACUCCACGUCCCAAUUCCUCCGUUUUGCCCAUGCACAUUUACCCCAGAAAGCAUCACUUUCGUUGAGAUUUAGCUCCAGUGCCCCAAGCUCUCGCAUAAAUUACAUUCGCUCGGUCCAUUUCGUCAAUCCUCCGUCGGAUGAUGUGGCGACGAGCCUGACGCAAAUCGCUGGAACGUACAAUGUAGAUUGUCUGAGCCAAGGGAUCUCUGCAUACCAGAGUUUUGUAUCCCAGCUCAAAUGCUUCCUCAACGAGGCAUACGGGUUGCAAGAAGUGAAAAUCACAGAGAUUGCUCCUCUGUUCGAGUUCCCAACAGACAUUUUGCAAAGCUUCUCCAGCAUAAAGCACCGUUUCCGAUCUCCAAAGCCCACACGAACUUUGGCGAAACUAGUGCUCACUGCACAAUCAGGGUGGAACAUCCCGUUCAAGUUGGGCCAUAUUCUACUAUUCUUGGGUGUUUUCGACCAGUUUGUGGAACUCAAGCUCAACAACUUUCUUCUCAACGAGGCCAGACUCUCUGCCGAGAAUCUUCCAAAACCAGUCAAUGUCGAAGCCUUGGUUCUGACAGCAUGUAUAUACACUGAUGGAAGAAGGCCAGGACAGAAGCACGAAUGCACAGACUUAUUUGCCAAAACAACGUCUUUGCUGUUGCAGAAUAUUCGCCAUGGCGCAGAUUUGUCGCUUAUUGACUUCAUUAAGCUGAACGACCACUUGCGGCGUCUUAGUAUAGACAUCAGCUCAUCUAUUUUUUACACUAUGGACCAAUCGGAUCAGGCUUUGAAGUUUGAUUUUUCCAAGUACAAUAGCUUUUUCAAGUUGGUGUGUUCUGGACAAGGUGGCUACCGCAACUUGAAGGAAAUCGUGCUUACAAAUUUCGACUUGUUUAAUAGCUAUAGUCAUCAGCAUGACGACAAGAAAUUGAGCUGUAUUGAAGAGGAAGACGAGGAGGUGGAUGAUCCAUGGGUGAAAAAGGCCCCUAACGCUUUUGAUCAGUUCCUAGAAUACUUGUCGAUGGUUCCAUACUUGACGAUCAUUGUCAAGGAAGCUCCCAAAGUCAUGCACACAUGCAAGAACUGUGGGUUCAGUGUGGAAGAGGAAACCAAGAAAAUAUCCAGUCUUUUGCCCCACGAAUGGGCAAUCAUUUUGGCGCCAAUCUUGAAAAACCCACUGUGUUCGGUCUUAAUCUACGAUUACUCGUUGCGGACACUUUUUUCAAGGGGAAUUGAAUGA